UUCUCCCAAACCCUUGCCGCUGCCGCCGCAGAUGGAAGUCUGCGACGAGCUGCGGUCGUUUGAGGCCACCGGCGUCUACCGCCUCGAUGGCACCAGCACCGGAGCCACUUUCCUCGACCCGGUCCGCCUCCUCAACGCGUCCUACGAGCGCUUCCGCAUCGUCCCUUCUGCGUACUACUCCCGAAGCUUCGGCCCCCAGCAUCAGGAAGGCGAGCCAGAGAUUGAGCGGCCCGAGAAACGGAGGAAGCGCAAGCGUAAUCAGAAGCCGAAAUCCAGGGAGCUUAAUCCCAUGGAGCAGGUCGCUGAAGCCCGGCACCAGGAAGCGAGGCCUUUACUGUUGAAAGCACAUGAAUCACUCAUUAAGGCUAAACAUCUACUGGAGUACAUUUCCAAGACAAUCAAAGACAACAGGCACACACUUGAUGCAGGAAGUGGUUCUGAGAAUAAUUUCGUUGAGCUUGGGACCUCAUGGCGAGCACCUUUCUACGAGAUCACUCUUUGCUUCCAGAAAUCCCAUGUUCUGGGCAAUGAGGAAGGUUCCUUUCAUGCACAAAAGACAUCUUUUCCUCUAUUUAAUAGCAUAAUCAGUGUUGAAGGGAUCGAUGAGGCAGAAGGAGAAUUCCAGAAUAGGCGUUAUAUUUUACCAAGAGAAAGUUGCUUCUUGAUGACCGACUUCAAACGGGUUAGAGAUCUCAUUCCUUGUAGUCCAAAUCAAGGAUAUAAUCUUAUAGUUGUUGACCCUCCUUGGGAGAAUGGGUGUGUUCGUCAGAAAGAAGAGUAUCCUACACUUCCCAACAGAUAUUUGUUGUAUCUUCCAGUGCAAGAACUUGCCCAUCCAGCUGGAGCGCUGCUUGUUUUGUGGAUUACGAAUAGGGAGAAACUGCGGGUGUUUGUUGAGAAAGAACUGCUUCCUUCUUGGGGGGUCAAAAAUCCCAGCGUGUUUUAUUGGCUUAAGGUGAAACCUGAUGGUUCUCUAAUUGGUGAUUUAGACUUGUUCCAUCACAGGCCUUAUGAGUGCCUCCUCCUUGGCUACAUCAAUGUUAACACAAAUGGCGAGCAAGGGUCAAACUUCAAGUUGUUAGAAGGAAGCCAAGUAAUCAUGAGUGUCCCAGGUGCUCACUCAAGGAAACCUCCCCUUGAGAAAUUACUUUCAGAAUAUAUUCCAGGUCCUAAACCUUCAAGAUGCAUCGAGCUUUUUGCCAGAGAGUUGUUUCCCAGAUGGACCUCUUGGGGGAAUGAGCCGCUUCAUUUUCAGGAUACAAUGUACUUCUCAGAGAAAUGUGGUGAACAACCCCAUAUCCAGAUGAGUGUGCCGUCUGCCAGUGCUGACCUACUCCGCUCGUCCGGUCGUCCCUGCCGAACUGAACAAACACCGGGAAGCUCGAGAAUCUUGACACUGCAACUGCAAAUGCCGGGCGUCAGGUCAGAGUCCUCCUUGCCGGAGGUACGGCGCAUCCGGAUGGCCCUACCCACCGCUUCCUCCAAGGUAGCCAGUGCCAGGGCGAAGCUAGCGGAGGGAGCCAAGACGCCGGCCAAUUCGAAGGCGAAGGGACGACGAUUGGAUGAUCAAGAGAAGCGGUGCAAGAAUGGAAGGCUCGUUCCGUCACUUGGGUGCAGGACCUCGCCUCCUCUGAUGCCAGUUGGCCCGGACGCGGAGAAGAAGAAGUGUUCCUGGAUAACUGCAAACUCGGAACCCCUCUAUGUCACAUUCCAUGAUGAAGAAUGGGGAGUUCCCGUUCACGAUGACAGAAUGCUAUUCGAGCUGCUCACACUUUCACUAGCCUUAGGUGAACUCACCUGGCCUUCUAUUUUGAGCAAGAGGGAGGAAUUCAGGGAGAUUUUCGAUGGCUUCAACUUUGCAUUGGUAUCUGAAUUUACGGAGAAGAAGAUAAACUUAUUGAGAUCCAAUGGAAUCGUGCUGCUGUCAGAGCAAAAGAUUCGGGCAGUUGUAACAAAUGCUAAGCAAAUGCAGAAGGUGGUUAAGGAUUUUGGAUCGUUCAGCAACUACUGCUGGAGCUUUGUGAACCACAGGCCCAUCACAAACGGCUUCCGCUAUUCUCGCCAAGUACCUACAAAGACACCAAAAGCUGAAGCCAUAAGCAGGGACUUGAUGCGCCGAGGGUUCCAGUGUGUUGGACCUACAACGAUCUACUCUUUCAUGCAGGUUGCCGGGAUCGUUAACGACCAUCUGUCAUGUUGCUUCAGAUUUCAGGCUUGCAGCCAGCACAAGGGCAGUGAAAACAAUGUGAGAGCAGAGCCAGCAUUGCCUGAUACAAGGCUGGGCUCGCUAUCUUCGGAGGAUUCAGAUACCAGGGAGGUGUAGCAAGUCACUGAAGUCAACCUGAGUCAUCUUUUUCUUUGUGAUUGUCAGGACAGUUUGAAAGUGCAUUGGGAUGCUACUGAACAAGUGGUGUAUACUGUAUAUAAGAUUGUGCAGCUUUCUGGUGUGGGUGCUUUAUUUCUCACAUGUAUCAUAUUGGUAUUGCAGAAUGCACUUUGAUUGGGCUAGAUGUAAAGCAACUUCCGCUGUGUUGUUUUCUGAAUGUACGGUAUCUGGCGUGUAUGUACAGACAAUGCAUGCAGCUUACAAUGUUCUAGCAGUUUGCCAAUUCAUGGCUGUUCUUUU